GACCCCACUUCUAUGUCUCCUUUUUUGUCCAGUCAGGACCAGCAGGGAGAAUAAAGAUGAAGCUUCUCUUUACAGCCGCUUUCACCAUUUUCAUCUUGUCUGCCUUGGACCAGGCAGACUCUUCUGCCUAUGACAAGAUAUUGACCCACAGCCGAAUUAGAGCAAAGAAUGAGGGCCCAAAUGUCUGUACUCUUCAGCAAGUUAUGGGAACCAAAAAGAAAUACUUCAGUACCUGCAAAAACUGGUAUAGGGGAACAAUCUGCGGAAAGAAGGCCACAGUGUUGUAUGAAUGCUGCCCUGGUUAUAUGAAACUUGAAGGCAUGCGAGGCUGCCCUGCAGUGGCUCCCAUUGACAAUGUUUAUGGCACCCUGGGGCUUCUGAAGGCAAUCUCAACCCAAAAAUACUCUGAUGUAUCAAAACUGAGAGAGGAGAUCGAAGGACAUGGAUCUUACACUUUCUUUGCACCAAGUAAUGAGGCUUGGGAUCUUUUGGAUCCUGAGAUGCGGAGUGCCCUAGUCAGCAAUGUAAACAUUGAGCUGUACAACGCUCUUCACUACCACAUGUUGAACAAGAGAAUGCUGACUAAAGAUCUGAAGAAUGGCAUGACACUGAAAUCCAUGUACAAUGAUCUGGGCCUUUUAAUUAACCACUACCCCAAUGGGGUUGUUACAGUCAACUGUGCUAGGAUCAUCCACGGCAACCAGAUUGCCACAAAUGGUGUUGUUCACGUAAUUGACCGUGUUGUCACUGCAGUUAGUAACACCAUUCAAGAUGUUAUUGAAGUUGAAGAUGACCUUUCCUCUCUCAGGGCUGCUGCUAUUGCUUCUGGCAUGCUGGAGACUCUUGGUAAACCUGGACAUUACACCAUUUUUGCUCCUACUAAUGAAGCCUUUGAGAAGCUUCCUCGAGCUGUUCUGGAAAGGAUCAUGAGUGACAAAGUAGCCCUUCAAGCCCUGCUGAAGUUCCACAUCCUGGACUCUGUUCAGUGCUCUGAGGCUAUAAUGGGUGGUGAGUCAUUCGAGACCCUGGAAGGCAGGAACAUUGAGAUUGGAUGUGAUGGCGAGAGCGUGACAAUCAAUGGUGUCAAGAUGGUCAAGCGCAAGGACAUUGUCACCACCAACGGUGUUAUUCACUUAAUUGACGCAGUUCUGAUCCCUGAUUCAGCUAAGCAGGUUCUGGAACUUACUGGCAGCACACAGACCACCUUCACAGACUUGGUUGCACAGCUGGGACUGGCUGCUGCAAUGAGACCAGAGGGGGAAUACACCUUGCUAGCGCCUUUCAAUGGAGCCUUCUCUGAUGAAGUGAUGACCAUGGACCAGAGAAGCCUUAGACUACUUCUGGAGAAUCAUAUUCUGAAGCUUAAAAUUGUCUUGAGUCAACUAUACAACGGACAGCGUCUAGAGACCCUUGGAGGAAAGUUUCUUAGGGUGUUUAUCUACCGAACAGCUGUCUGUAUCGAGAAUUCUUGCAUGGUGAGAGGCAGCAAAGAAGGAAGAAAUGGCGCCAUCCACUUUCUGAGGAGUAUUAUUAGGCCAGCAGAAAAGUCUAUGAUGGAAAUCCUGAGUGAAGAUGAUCGAUUCAGCAUGUUCCUGACGCUGAUAGAAGCUGCAGGAUUGACUGAGAUUCUCUCACAAGAUGGAGAUUGGACACUUUUUGCACCAACCAACGAUGCCUUUGAUGGUCUGAGUGAGGAGGAGAUGGAAAUUCUCACAAGUGAUCCAAUGGCUCUGAGAACCAUUCUGCUGUAUCAUCUUAGCAAUGGUGUCUUCAUUGGUGGUGGGAUGGAAGGUGGUGUCACAAACCUUUUGAAAUCUAUCCAAGGCAGCAACUUAAUGGUGAAAGAAAUCAACAACACAAUUGUGGUGAACGAAGUAAAGGUAGCUAAAAAUGAUGUCAUGGCAACCAAUGGUGUAAUUCAUGUUGUUAAUUCGAUGCUGUAUCCAGCAGAUAUCCCUGUUGGAAAUGAUCAACUUCUGAUUCUCCUUAAGAAGCUGAUUAAGUACAUUCAGAUCAAGUAUGUUCAGGGAUACAGAUACAAAGAAAUUCCAAUGACUUUCUUCACGAGAUUUAUUACAACUGAGAUCAAAACAGUGCCUGAGAUUAAAGUCAUUGGAGGAGGGAGUACCCAUACCAUUACCAGAGUCAUUCAAGGAGAACCCUCUAUCACAAAGGUCACCAGGGUCAUUGAAGGGGAACCUUCAAUUACAAAGGUUACAAGAGUCAUUGAAGGGGAACCCUCAAUUACAAAGGUUACAAGAGUCAUUGAAGGGGAACCCUCAAUUACUAAAGUCACAAGGGUCAUUCAAGGAGAACCCUCAAUUACUAAAGUCACAAGGGUCAUUCAAGGAGAACCCUCUGUCACAAAGCUUACAAGAGUCAUUGAAGGGGAACCCUCAAUUACAAAGGUUACAAGAGUCAUUGAAGGGGAACCCUCAAUUACUAAAGUCACAAGAGUCAUUCAAGGAGAACCGUCCAUCACAAAGCUUACAAGAGUCAUUGAAGGGGAACCUGAAUUAAGAAUUGUCGAUGGAGGAGAGACAUUCACAAAAGUUAUCCAAGGCCCUCAGUACAAAGUGACUCGUGUUACCUCAGAUGGACAAAUUGAAGAUGACGAGACUCUUACGAAACUGCUUGAGGGAGAGGUUACCAAGGUGACAAAACUUCUUGGAACUGAUGCACACUUACUUGGAGAUGAAGAAAUCAACAAACUUCUUCAGGGAGGCACUCAAUUCACCCAAGUUUCCACCCAAGUGACUGAAGGAGAUCCUCAGCUGGUUGAAGCCGAGUCGGAGAGAAUCACAAAACUCAUUCAAGAAGGGCCUGUGAGAAGAACCCCCAUUAGAAGAAUUCCAGCUGGACAAAGAAGAAGAACAAGAUUGGUCCGUCACAAGAAAAGAAACGCAUAGUGAGGAAACGUGGGUAAUCUUUUGAAUGAUGAAACAAAAAUUAACGAGAAACAAGAAAAUCCAAUCAAAAGAACCAGCACUUGGAGUCAACAACAACUUAUCGUUAAUUAGGAAUAGAUAACGGUUCAAGAAAUAUAAAAUGAAAAAAUGUAAAGAAAUGUUUUGGUAUAUGUAACCCCUGCACCAAAUAACUACAUUUUCCUGUACGAAUAGUGUUAAUUCCCAAGACAAUUUUGAUAGUCCGAGACAUUUGGGAAUUAUUUCAUUUGUGGGAAUGGGAAGGUAGUGUAAGUAAUAUCAUAACAAACAGGGAAUAUUUCUUUUUAAUAAAAACUGUGGCAGGAACUAGGAAAUAGUUUGAAACAUGUACUUGCCACACUAUUAAGUAGGUAAUACAUGGGGAAACAGAUAGCAUACAGUAGGAAAGGUUACCUCUGCAUGACCAAUACUUGUAAAGAAUAUUCUUUGGUGCUCACAUUUUGAUCUCAAGAAUGCUUUUCUUAAAGAAAGAAACAAUGCUAGCAAGAUUCAGGUACUAACUGAUGGAAUUCUGUUUGUAAAUUAUGUAACUUCACAGCUGACCAAAUUGUAUACCCAUAGUUUUGUAUUCAUACAUUUGCUCAUUUUUCAGCUUUAUGCAUUUUUAGUAUUUUUUUAAAACUACAGAGUGGCAAUGCAACUUUUUAGAAAAUGUUCUAUUUUUUGUUUUUUUGUCUGUUCUCAAGGCUUUAAAAGCUUCCUCUGCCUUUUUUACCUGUUUUUGGAAACAAGUGUAAAUAAAGGACUUUAUUGAAUUUCA